UGGCGCCGCUCUUGUAAACUGUGCUGUGGCGAGUUUCGCGUGCGAUAAGUGCGUGCUCCUUGUGUUUGCUUGUGCUUCUUCUUCUUCCGAGGCUUAUUUUCGGGCUUCGUUGACUUCAGGGAACGGAAGGUACGGCUGGAGGCGUUCUCCGUCCCUUUUAUUUUGUGAACAAGCUUGCCGUAGUGAACGGGGCCCAUUGGUGAGCGUGUGAGAUGUGACCGAAAUCAGGCGAGGAUAUGCAGCCGAGGAUGAAUGUACGAGUGAAGUGAGGCGCUGAUAGGUUGUGCAAUGGCGCUAACUUUGAAGAGUGCUCGCGAUCACCACCGUGCUACUUAAGUAGUUGUUCUGGCCGUAAUUUUCACUGUCUGCCGUGUGCCGAUCUUCCAGAUGCUUGUUUGUGGUGUUGAAUAUGUGGUUAUCGCUGACGCUGACCUGAAAUCACGAAAGGAUUGUGAAAAUGUGACACGUCGUGCCCAAUGGAUAUUUUUUUUUGAAAUGUCAUUUAAUUUGUUUACAGCACCGCUUCGAAAGUGUUGUUAAGCGUGCUCGCAUAUUGCAUUCUGGAGCUCGCUUCAACGCAGCUUUCACGGCAGGCUCUAUCGUGUGUCACAUUUGUAAAAGAAAAAUGUAGAGGCUUGCUUGCGGCAAAGUCGGCAAUAGAAAAAAACGAAAAAAAACAUGUGAAACUAAAUUUUGUUACUGAUUGUUUAUUGCUGGAUUUAGUAGACAAAGCUUUUAAUUUAACUUGUAUUAGCAUGUUUGGUAAUGGCAUAACGUGCUUAUGCUGGAACAUUUGAUGCACCGUGCUUCUGCUUUAAUGUAUGAAGUUUGUGUGCGCCACUAAUUACUUACCAUGACGUUUUUCUCUUCGUUUGAUUUGCUCAUCGCACACCAGGUUCCUUCAUCAGCUGACUUGCUGGGGUGCAACGAGUCCCGGUGCGUGGCCUGCCCCGGCAAAAGAAAGAACAAAGUGCGCAGCCAGCUGCCGAAGGGGGCAAAGGUCGAUGGCACGGCAUCACGGCAGCGGCAGCAACAGCAGGGCACGAGGGGACCUGACCCUAUGAACACCAGUGCCAACAGCCUCGCGCCCGGAGAGCCCAACAUGUCGGCCACUGGCUCCGGGCGUGUCAAGGUUUCCCUUGGUCCUGGCCGGUCUCUCAUGGACUGGAUCCGGUUGACCCAUGCCAAUCCAAACCUCUCCGGGGUCAACGGCCGCUUUCUGGAUGUCACCUACGAGGAGCUGGUCAAGCAUAACAAGAAGGAUGAUGCCUGGAUUUGCCUGAAAGGUCGUGUGUACAAUGUUACUCCGUACAUGGACUACCACCCUGGUGGUGUGGACGAGCUACUCAGAGGUGUCGGGAAGGAUGCCACUGACCUCUUCAACCAGGUGCACAAGUGGGUAAACUUUGAGUCCAUGCUCGAGAAGUGCCUUAUUGGCAAACUUGUUGGCCCUCCCGUUCAAGUUCGCAAAUCUAGUUUUCCAGUGCCAAGAAUACCGUUCAUCAAAAAACUGCAAAGGACCGACACAGCUACCUCUGAAGAUGUUCCAGACAUCAGCGAACAGACAUCGCCUAAGCCGGCUGUUAGCUAUGAGUGGUUUCAAGAUGACUCGACGGUCACCAUCACCAUUCAAUCCAUGGGUGAUGCCCUCAUUGAAGAAGAUAAAGUUGUGGCGGACCUAUCAGGGAAGACUCUUCGGAUACGAGUUCGACUGGCUAAAUAUUUUUACCUAUUUCAUGUCGAAUUGCAAGAUAAUGUGUAUAGUAACUAUAAUGUCCAGGUGAAGUGCAAGCUAAAAUGCCUGGAAACCCAGCUAGUGAAAGAAAGAAAUUGUGUCUCCUGGUCCAGCUUGGGCUCCUUUUUGACCGACCACAACCAGCUAGUGCCUUUGAAAAAUGCUGAGAGCUUUUCCCGUAGUUGCACCCUAGUGAACAAGGACAGUGUGACUCACGACAUCACAUUGUUCAGCUUCGCGCUGCCACAAGGCUCAUAUAUGUGGGUGCCCGUCGGGCAUCACGUGACACUCGAACAUGACGUCAAAGGAAUGCGAAUAUCUCGGAGUUACACCCCGGUCAUCCCUGCACUGAAGGCUGACGAGGAAGGGUCUGAUGGGAAGACAGUGCACCUGAUGAUCAAGGUCUAUUCUGAAGGGGCCCUGACUCCCGUGCUGAACACCCUCGAAAUCGGCGACAAGGUGGACAUGAAAGACACGGAAGGUGACUUCGAGCUGUCAACCUUGCAGAGGUGUCAGAACCUCAUCCUCCUAGCUGCUGGGACAGGCUUCACGCCCAUGGUGCGACUGCUGCAUUGGGGCGUCUUUGUCUCCAGGCAAAUUAACAUAAAGCUGAUGACGUUCAACAAGACUGUGAGAGACAUCGUUUGGAAAGAGGAGUUGGAUCGACUACAGGAGCAACAUAACCGGCUUCAUGUUGAGCACAUACUGUCGGAGCCUGAUGAUUCCUGGGAAGGCGCCCGAGGCCGUGUGCGCAGUGAACUGUUGGAGCCCCUGCUUCCGGAGGACAUCCGCCAGAGUGACUCCCUGCUUGUGUGUGUCUGCGGUCCGCUUCCAUUUACCAAGGCUGCACUGAAGUGCCUGGAAGACCUACAGUGCCCUUCAAAGUCCAUGCACGCUUUUCUCGGUUGAAGGACAGUCAGCAGUGUGUGCAGAACGGAGCUCGGUCAACAUCUCUGCGCCAUCAAUGUGCCAUUAUUGCUGGGCUUGAGAUUCUCAUGCCCUGAAAUAGGUAGCAGUAGUGACUGCCAUAUUUUGCACCGUGGCUUUCAGAAAAUUUUCGUACGUAAUUGCUGUGUAAUGCAUAAAUUACUGCUUACUUUUCAUGUCAUUUCUCUUGCGGAGAUGGCAGUUUUUGCUCCCUGUUACCUUGCGGAUUUUUUACUACAGUUCAUAGAUUGCCUUGUCCAGCCCCGUUCAUCGAAGCGUUGGUCAAGCCAGCUUCAGUGGAUUGGCAUUUCUGUGCACUGCUGUUUCUCUGUGCCUGUGUUGUUGCAGAAGGUUGCCGCAACAUGGGACACAGCUGGCUUAAUAGGACGCUUUAGCCAGAGGCCAGCAGCGAUUUUCCUAUUCAAAUAACCUGUAAAAUGAAUGACUUCUGGGUUCUUACGUGCCAAAACCACGAUUUGAUUAUGAGGCACACCAUAGUGGGGGAAUCCAGAUUAAUUUUGACCACCAGGGGAUCUUUAACGUGACCUCAAUGCCUGGGACAUGGUCGUUUUUGCAUUUUGGCCCCAUUUAAAUGUGGCCACCGCGGCCAGGAUUUGAUCCCGCGACCUCAUGCUUAGCAGCACAACACCAUAGCCACUAAGCCACCACGGUGGGUAUAAAAUGUAAAACGCGGAACUGUUGUUGUGAGGCAACUGCGCUGGACCAAGUUGAAUGAAAUUUGUUGCAUUUGAGAGAAAAAGUUACAUUCAAGUUACUGUAGGAAGCAGAAUUUUGAUGUGGAGCUUGUAAUUUUUACAAAAAUUUUUGAAAAUUGGUAAGUUUAUAGAAAGCUUAACCACAAAGUUUAUAAAUCUGUAACUCUGCACCAAAAACAGAUAUCCAAAAACUGCAUAUCCUAGAACAUCUAAAGCAGACUAAUUUGCAAUAUAGAUUUACAGCUUUUGUGAAAUUGUUACAAUGUUUACGAGGGUCUUGCAAAAGUCCUCCUCGCAAAUUAGUGGUAUAAUUUAUAGUUGUGUAUGAAACAUACAUUUUGUCCACGUUAGAUGCCUUAAUCGGUGCAGUUUACAGAAUUAUGAGACCGUUAUUUAUUACUGAGCUAGAGCCAUAAACUUGGUACAUGACUUUCUUUCAAUUUUGCAGUUUUCAACAACUUUUAUACAAUAAUGAUGACCUAAAUAAAAAAAUCUGCUUGCUCCAGCCACUAGAUCUUAACUCUUUCUUUUAAAUGCAACAGGCCUCGCCAUAACUGGUGUGGUAGUUGCAGAGGAAAUUGAUAGCUUCAUUCCCAUGUAUUUAGUUAGGAGGUCCCGAGCAAAAGCUUCAUGUUGCGUUAUUGAGUCCUAUUUCGCACAAAAUACUGGUUUUGAAUUUCUGUCCCAUUAGGUAAAUCAGUAUAAUUUAAAUGCAUAAGAUCAAGGAGCUGUACCAUGAAACUUACUAGUUCACUGAUCACUGAUAAACACAAAGUUAAACUUCCUGCUGCAACAAUUUUUAUGAUAAAACAUUUGCCGCUUCCAGUCCAGAUAUGUCUGGCCCACGACGAUCUUCCUGCUGAUGGUCAUCACAACCUGAAUGACCUUGAUGUUGUAUUUGUAGAAACUACAGGAUUGAAAUGUUCCAGGAAGCCAAUAUUUGAGAAAUUUCUGGUCACCAGAGACCGGUGAAGCUGAUUAUUGCACCAGGUUUCAUGGUUGCCAUAUCAUGUACAGUUGUUUCAGACAGGAGAAUCUCUAGCCCAGCAGCUAGUACUGUAUGCCAUAUGCUUGUGCUAUACACAUGCCCCUACGUUUCCGACAAGCAUGCAGAACUACUUCAUAUCGCCUAAUGAAUUUCUUUUGUACAUUUCUGAGCGAACCCAAUGAUGUACAUGAAUGUGGCACACGUGCGCUGUUAUAACCACUUCAGAAUUAUAUUUCGAAGCCUGUUC